UCAUUAACUAAGUGUCAAAACUGUCAAACGAAAAGUGAUUUUACGUACGGCAGUUUCGUAUUCCAUUGUCCGGUUAAAGGUAAUUUUUAUAAUUGCCUUUUGUUUGGCACACAAAAGCCCAUUGUUCCUCGUCCAGUAGGCAGCGGGCUACAAUGCAAAGUGUGAUCAACACGGUGAAGGGAACCGCCCUGGGCGUCGCGGGGUACCUCACUCCCGUGCUGAAGGAAUCAAAGUUCCAAGAGACAGGAGUGCUGACCCCGGAGGAGUUCGUGGCGGCAGGCGACCACCUGGUUCACCACUGCCCCACGUGGCAGUGGGCCCGGGGCGAGGAGUCCAAGCUGCGCAGCUACCUGCCCAGCGACAAGCAGUUCUUGCUCACCAGGAACGUGCCCUGCUACAGGAGGUGCAAACAGAUAGAGUACUGCGAAGACAAAGAGAAGGUGAUAGAGGAUGACCAGGAUGGCGAAGGGGGCUGGGUGGACACGCACCACUACGACACCGCCGGCUCGCCCACCGUUGAAGAGAAGGUGUGCGAGAUGACCCUAGAAGCGGCCGACACGGGCGACAGCGACGACUCGGCGGGCGACCCGGACCAUGAUGAUGAUGAUGAGGAGGAGGACGGCGAGGCGGAGGACAUGGAGCAGUUCCAGGAGUCCGGGCUGCUGGACGAAGUUGACCCGUCGACAGACCUCGCGCCGCGGAAGGAGAGCAAACCGUCUGAGUGGAAGGCGGCGCGCGGCGACGGCGACGACAUCGUGCGCACGCGCACCUACGACCUGCACAUCACCUACGACAAGUACUACCAGACGCCGCGCCUCUGGCUCAUCGGGUACGACGAGAACCGGGCGCUGCUCAGCGUGGAGGCGAUGUACGAGGACGUGUCGGCCGAGCACGCCAAGAAGACGGUCACCAUCGAGGCGCACCCGCACCUCGCCGGGCCCGGCAUGGCCUCCGUGCACCCCUGCCGGCACGCGGAGGUGAUGAAGAAGAUCAUCUCGACGGUGACGGAGAGCGGCGGCGAGAUGGGCGUGCACUCGUACCUCAUCGUGUUCCUCAAGUUCGUGCAGACCGUCAUCCCCACCGUCGAGUACGACUUCACGCAGAACUUCGCCAUCAACUAGACCCCACCACGCCGCUCUCAUGGCUCAUCACUCAUCAGAGCCGCGAGACGGACCGGUGCCAAGGGAGUGCUUACACGCUUGGGUGGCGCGCCUUAUUGACUGCAUUUUGCAAAAGGCAUCUACGUCAAACUAAUUGAUAUUAGUCAACGAAUUUAGAUAACAUGUUAAGUAAUGCCAUUGCAAUAAAGAUAUCUAAUCACUAUACAAUAAACUACGAGUAAAAGACAUAGACAUUACGUAUAAUAGUACAAAAAGUCGCUGUGGCCACAAAAUUAAAUAGAAACUUUCCUCUAAUCGAUAACGAUUGGAUGUUCUUACAAUGUGGUUCUCACAAUACUAUUGUGAAAAUUACCAAUCGAAAUCCGUUAUGAAAUCUAACACAAAUAGUUGAUAUUAUUAUGUAAUUCACCUUAUAGCUAUGGCACACGUAAAGCCUUACUUUUUAUACAGAAUCUUAUUUUUUUAUGUUAUUAUUUUAUUACCUAUUGUUGGAAACAUUCCUACCUAAGUUCCAGGGUACACAUAGCCGAAUGGCACAAACGCUCACGAAACGAAACGCUCGUAGAUAUCUAUCUCUAUGCUUGCGUAUUGGCGCGACAGAGCCAGACUACCUUUCGCGGCGUUUCGUUUUCGUUUCGCGUCGGAGAAAUGCCAUUCGGCUACGGCACCAGCAGUUGCGACCUCUAUAAGUAGAUUAUGGUUUUAAAGUACUUACUUUAGGAUUUUUUAGUCAGAUCGAAGACAUUCAAAUAAAGAACGUUAUUCUAGGCAUUUGCCUUCAGAUUAUCAGGCUCCACUGAUAACUAGGUAGAUUCAAAAUCAAAAAUAGCGAACCAAAUAACGCUUCAAAAGCAACUACUAUUCCGUAACCGCUAAAUAAAAACAGAUGAGUGUCUACACUUAGGUAGAAUAAUUUGACUAUGUUACAUCUGACCACAAAAUUGUAAAGAUUAAUUUAUCUUCAUUUAGAAAUUCAGGAUGUCACAUACUUUUGGUGCGUUGUUCCAUCCGCUACUAUUGAUGCUGACUGUACAAAUAGAAAAACUGUACACACUACACCAAUGGCAACACUGUGGGAACACCCAUACCAUACGCCUCGCGCCUGCCUGUCUGUCGUGUACCUGCGCUGCGUAAUCUCCACGCGACAGAAGGUAGAGACGGCCGUGCGAUGCACUUGUCGCAGAGUUAUCUGUUAGCGAUCGCAACAGCUAUGAGAAAUAGUUUUAUUGUUCAGGCUUGCCAUACUGAUGUAUCUGGCUAGAUUUAUAAACGCGACCUAUUUCAUAUUGAUGUCGUUUUGAUAUUAUAGCGUAAGAAUUGUAAGCAAUGUUAUCAUAUUAUUUAGCUCGAACAUAAACAUUUGAAUCCACGGUACACUUACUAUUUUAUGUUGUGCAAAUCAUUUAUUUAUGAGCAUGUUGAUUGUGCAUUAUUUUCACAUAAAUUUAUUUUUUAUUAAAUGAAUAUUUUGCUACCA